AUGUUUUUCCUCGCCGUCCCGCUUCGUCUCCCCCCUUCCAGAGAACACGCGGCCCCUCUCUUUUCCCUAUCUUCUCCCGUAUAUAAAUCGGGGCCAAACCCUAAUUUUCCCAACCCUUUGACUCCCGUUUCCCCCCUCCUCUUCUUCCUCCUCCUCAUCGGCCGCCGCCGCACAUACCGCCGGUGGCCCCGUGGAACCCCUCGUUUCCGCAUGCCAUUCCGGUAACCAAUUGCCUCCCGUCCGCCGGAUCCCAUGGACAGCGCCGGCGGGCCCCCCGAUUCGGAGGAUUUCGUGCUCCGCUCCGCCGUCCGCUCUGGACUGAAGCGGGAGUUCGUCUUUGCCCUCAGGUCCCAGGCCCAGCUUCCGUCUUCCCUCGGCCGUACCCGUUCCGGCAGGUCAGCCGCCGCCCCAGCAGCUUUUCCUCCUAGAGCGACCAAGAAGCGCAGGAAAUCUGGUGGGGAUCUGCCGUUGAAGACGGCUGCGACCGUGACGGAUGUUGUGGAUUGUGACGAUGAGCCUGUCACGGAUGUCGUUUCAUCAGCGAACCAGACCCACUUGGAAACCCUUGUGUCGGUCGAUGUUUGUGGUGAAUCUGCCGCGGAGGCCGCUCUUCCACGGAUGAAUUCUGUGGCUGCCCCAGUCAUUGUGGAUGGUGACGAUGAGCCCACGGCGGAUUUUGUUCCGUCAGCGAUUUGGACCCCCUUGGCCACCCUCGUGCCGGUUGAUGGUUGUGGUGAAUCCGCCGCGGAGGCUGCUCCUCCACAGAUAAGCCGCGUUGAAGCCCCAACCGUCGUGGAUCGUGACGAUGUGCCUACCGCAGAUGCUGCUUCUUCUGCGAAUGGUCCUGUUUUGGAAACACUAGUGUCUAUUGACGGUUGUGGUGAACCUGCAGCGGAGACUGCUCCUCCACAGAUGAAGCCCGUCAAAGACCCUACCGUUGUGGAUCGUGACGAUGAGCCCAUAUCGGAUGCUGUUUCUUUAGCAAAUGGUGGUAUCUUUGAAAACCCCGUGUUGAUCGAUAGUAGUGGUGAAUCUGCAACGGAGAUUGCUGCUCCACAGGUGAAACCUAUCAAAGUAUUUGUCAGAUCUCCCUUGAGGGGCAAAGCUGGUGGUCUGUUGAAAUCUCCUAAUCGUUGGGUCCAAGCGUUAGCAUCUGCUGCUGAUGCACCAAUUGUUCUUGAUGAUGUUGCUGCAUGCAAAUCGAAUGGCAUCUCCCUUGAUAAUUGUUGUUCUGUGAAGAACCAGAUAGUGAUUAAUUGUGAUGCUGAGUUGAAUGUGGAUCACUUGGCAUCCAAGAAUCAAUUAGAAAGCUCCAGAGCAUCACAAAUAGAGGAUACAGUACAAGUAUCAAUUAUUGAAAGCCCUCCUCCAGCGUUGACAAUGAAUAAUGAAGAACCUUUACAGGGAACACCAACAGUAAUGGACUAUCAAGAUGGUGGAAAGAUGGAAAAUAGCCUACCACAGAAGCCUGUGAGGAGGUUUACGAGGUCAUUAUUGAAGGUUCCUCCUGUAGAAAAGGAAGGUCCAAUAGCGAUUAUCUCUAGUAUGGAAAGUGGUCAUGACAGCAUUAUGGAUGAUGACAAAUUUCCAGGGAAGCCCAACAGGAGGUCUGGUAUCAAGUCUGAGGAAGAAGAUUCUGGAUCAGAUGUUGGUGCAGGCGCUAGCGGUGAGUCCACUGGAUCAGAGGGAACAAAAGGUGGUGAAAACUCUGUUAAUGGGUCUUUGAACUCAACCCCAAAGAAUAAGAUGGAACUGAAGAUGUCAAAGAAGAUUUCUCUGACAAAGCUACCUGGUAAUGUGAGGGAAUUGCUGUCAACUGGAUUGCUUGAGGGAUUGCCUGUCAAGUAUAUGACAUCCAAUGGAAAGCAAAUUGAGCUUCACGGUGUGAUUAAGGGCAAUGGUAUAUUGUGCUCUUGUGCUACUUGUGAUAGCUCGAUUGUUGUUUCAGCAUAUGUGUUUGAGCAGCAUGCUGGCAGCACAAAAAAGCACCCAGCGGAUUUCAUUUACCUGCAAAAUGGUAAUAGCCUCCAUGAUGUGGUGAAAGCAUGCCAUGGUGCUCCUUUAGACAUGUUGGAGGCUGCAAUUCAAGGUGCAAUUGGUCCAGUGCCUCCAAAGAAAUGCUUUACAUGUCAAAAAUGCAAAGUGUCAUUUUCCACUUCGCGUGUUGGGAAAUUUGCAUGGUUAUGUGACUUGUGUCUUGAAUUAAAGCAACUUUCGAGAACUCCAAGCCCACUCAAUGGAGUGGUCAGCUCUACCAGGUUAUCAAGGACAAGUUCCACACCAGACAUGUCCAAUAAUUCAUCUAAGAAUUUAUUAUCAAUUAAGAAAAGUAGCCUGGGAAGGUUAACCAGAAAGGAUCUGGGCUUGCACAAGUUGGUCUUUAUGAGUGGCAUCUUACCAGAGGGAACUGAAGUUGGAUACUAUGUUCGUGGAAAGAGGCUACUUGAAGGCUAUAUAAAAGAUUCCGGAAUAUACUGUCGAUGCUGCAAUACUGUGGUCAGUCCUUCACAGUUUGAAGCCCAUGCUGGUAGAGCUGCACGUCGAAAACCUUACAAUAAUAUAUACACUUCCAAUGGAGUUUCCCUUCAUGAAUUGUCAGUUUCACUAUCAAAAGAUCGGAAAUUAUCAGCCACUGAGAAUGAUGACCUUUGCAGCAUUUGUGCAGAUGGUGGAGACCUACUCCUUUGUGAUCUAUGUCCCAGGGCCUUCCACACAGGUUGUGUGGGUUUGCCUAGCAUACCAGUGGGAGAUUGGUACUGCCAGUAUUGUAUAAACCUCCAUCAAAGAGAAAGGAGUGUCGCAUGUAAUGAUAAUGCAAUUGCUGCUGGAAGAGUUGCUGGAGUUGAUCCCAUCGAGCAGAUAUUUAAACGAAGUAUACGUAUUGUCACAACAUCGCAGACUGAUGCUGGUGGUUGUGCAUUUUGCAGGAGCCAUGAUUUCAGUAAAUCUAGAUUUGAUGAUCGAACAGUUAUGAUUUGUGAUCAAUGCGAGAAGGAAUAUCAUGUGGGUUGUUUGAGGGAGCAAAUGAUGGCUGAUCUGAAGGAACUGCCUGAAGGGGAGUGGUUCUGCUGCGAUGACUGCAGUAGAAUCUGGAACUCUUUGCAAGAGUUUCUUUUCCGUGGAACCCAACCGCUUCCAGAAUUGAAUACUGAUAUCAUAAAGAAGAAAUUGGAGAACAAGGGUGUAAAUGGAGAUGCUGAUGUUGAUAUCAGAUGGAGACUUUUAAGUGGAAAAACUGACACAGCAGAUAGUAAACUAUUACUAUCAAGAGCAGUUGCCAUUUUCCAUGAGUCGUUUGAUCCAAUUAUUGAGGCUACAACAGGUCGAGAUCUUAUUCCCUCCAUGGUUUAUGGGAGAACAGUGAGAGACCAGGAUUUUGGAGGAAUGUUCUGCGCCGUUUUAACUGUUGGGUCAUCUGUUGUGUCAGCAGGAAUUUUACGUGUUUUGGGAAGUGAGAUUGCAGAACUACCGUUGGUUGCAACAAGCAGGGAACACCAAGGACAGGGUUACUUCCAGUCACUUUUUUCGUGCAUCGAGAGACUGCUGGGAUCUCUGAAUGUGAAGCAUUUUCUGCUCCCUGCAGCAGACGAGGCUGAAUCCAUUUGGACCAAAAAAUUUGGGUUUACAAAAAUAACCUUGGACCAGCUGCAUAAGUUUUUAAAUGGUGCUCGAACAACAGUCUUCGAAGGGACAUCUAUGCUUCACAAGUCAAUUCCAGCUAUCCCGGUUUCCUCACAGGUGGAGCCAGCAGUGAACUGAAGGCAGUGCUGAAGCAUGCAAGGCUAUUUUUUGUUUGGUCAUGCUGGAAAAGCCGUGGCUUUCUGCACUGUCUUUUCAUAUUUUUAUGUACAUACACAGGGUCUCCUAUGUACAGGAAGGGCCACCCUUGAGCAAAUUUUGAGCUGGAUCAAUCUUCGUAUGCAAGUUCAAUAGGAACCAUAGGAUUCCUUGAAAGGAGUAGUGAAAUUUACUGCACAUACGUAGAGGAAGAUGAUAUUGAAGUGUUCCGGCAUAUCUUAUUCUGAGUAAUGUUUCUUUCUUCUUUUUUUUUUUUUUUUCCAUCUCCCUCUUCCUCUCUUUCCUUCCCCUCAAGUCCUAGAUUCAUGUACUGUAAUUGUGAGAAUGUAAAUUCCCAAGGGUUUUGUUAUUACCACUCA